AUGCCAGAAAUAGGUUUUACUGUUGAUGGGAUUGUCAAACAUGUGCAGUGUUUCUUCAAUGAACAACGAAUAUACAGAAAUAGAAAACCAGUUGAUUUAAAGGUACAUAUACAGUAUGCUGUAUUACAUUUUUUAUUACUUGUUUUUAACCCAUUAGCUGGCAUUGCACGCCCCCAACGAGCCCUACAUUAGUAUUUACCUGUCUAACGCCAGGUGAUUUACUUGUCAUGCAGUGGUAGAUUACUACCAGUUAAUGGGUUAAAAAAUAUAUCUGCCAAUGUCUCUUGUUAACCCAUUAGUGGGCAAUGCGCCCAAAUGUGCCCACUUCAGACAGUAUUUACUCUAUCUAACACCCGACAAUUUUACUCGUCAGUGGUAGAGUACUGCCACUAAUUGUGUUCACCAUCCUAUCUGUCAGUGACUCUUAUUAAUUAACAAAUACAUCUGCCAAAUGCCUCCUAUUAACCCAUUAGCUGGCAGUGUGCCCAAAUGUACCCUACAUUAGUAUUUACUCUGUCUAACGCCAGACGAACGAUUUUAACUCAUCAGUAGUAGGGUGCUGUUAACAAACCUAUCUGCCAAUGGCUCUUAUUAGCAAAUAUAUCUGCCAAUGUCUCUUAUAGUUAACAACUAUUUUACUUGUCAGUGAUAGAGAACUGCCAGUAAAUGGGUUAAAUUAACAAACCUAGCUAUCUGCCAAUGUCUCUUAUUAACCUGUUAGCUGGUAAUGCAGCCAAAUGCACACUACUUUAGUAUUUACAGAACUCUGUCUAAGGCCAAAAAAAAAUACCUGUGGUUCCGAUUCCCGACCGACCCUAUUUUUUUCUGCCGCCCCUAUUAUUUUUUCAACAUGAUUGACCGUGCGACCCUAUUUUUUCCAGGUGGUUGUGGGCUGCUCAUACAGCGUGCCAAAAUGGCGUCUGUUAAUUGUCACACUAAUUAUUGCAAAAACCAUUAACCAUGAAAAAAUAUUCGAAAAAAAAAUUUAUUUCCGACCUACCGAUCUUAAUUUUUUCACGAUAUGAAACCGAAACCACAGGUAUUUUUUUAUGCCUAACGCCAUACGUAUUUAUUCUGUCUAACGCCAGACGAUUUCAUUCGUCAGUGGUAGCUAGAGUACUACCAGUAAAUGAGUUAAAUUAAAUGAUGAAAUGUAACAUAAUUAAAUAUAUUUAUAGGUUUCCAAUUCAACAAAAGAAGAUCCAAAGUUCCCUGAACUGUUAACUAUUUCUCCAAAUGAGAAAGUCCCAGGUUCUUCAAAAAAGCUGAAGGUACGUGUACAGAUUGGAAAUUGCAUGUGAACUUUGCUUUUUCCUUAACUGAUGCGCGCAUGUGCACAGCAAAUUUAGCUAACUAGUACGUACUGAGAAUAUCAGUCGUACUGCAUGUCCAGAGAUGUCAAAAGGAAAAGUAUUUUGAUCUUCAUUAGCAUCCAGUUCAUUUAUAAUAUUUCAAUGUAUAAGCAUUACUCAUUCACUGUUAUAAAGGUUUUAGUACCUAUAGUUUUAUACUUGGUCUCUGUUACUGGAACAUUUUCUCGCAUUAAUAUUUUUUCCUUUUUCCUGCAUGUAGCGAGUUAAAAGAAUUAGUGAUGAUGGAUCAGGAAGUGAUACUGGGAACGAUCAUGGUGCCCAAUCUGCAAGUACUCUUUCACCAAAUAGUGAUUUGGAUUCAUCGCCUGAAGAUUUGGGCAUACAUGAUAUCAAAAGUAGUGUCUCUCUAGAUCUGCCUAAGGAUGAUUCGGAGAGUAAAUCCCCCAAAGCAUACCCAUUUAAAAGUUGUCAGAUGAUUUGCAAAGCAGUGUUUGGUGAACUGCCAAAUAGGGAAGACAUUAUAAGAAUCUUAAAGAAGAAAUUCGAUGUAAAGCAAAGUCAAAUAACAGCGCUAACAAUGAGCCAACUUCUUGAAGUAACAUCAAAAAAGUUGAUCAACCAAAAAUACUGUUCUGUCAAAGAAGGCACAAACAUGAGCAAUAUCAGAAUGGACAGUAUUAUUGUGCACAAAGAGAUUGCACUUUAG